UUAAAUUAGAAAUCUCCUAUAUAACCACUAUAUCAUCUAAUUCAACCACGGCCACUCUGCUAUAUAUUUCAUGUUUCAUCUUUCAGUAAUGGAACACUAUAACAAGAGAACUCUACGCAAUUUCAUUGAAGAGAAUACCAAGACAAUGCAAUCUCCACCCCGCAUCUCCUACAAAUCCCUCCCACAAAUCUACGAUCACCACCACGACAAUGUCCUCUACAGCCCCUCAAGAUCCUCCACCAACAGCCUCCCCCGCCCUCCUCUACCACUGCAUUGCCUCUCUCCACCGCCAGGAUGGCACCAUUUUCUCCAUCGCCGCCGCUAAAGGCUUGGUCUUCACCGGCUCCGAGAGCUCCCGCAUUCGUGCCUGGCGGCAGCCUGACUGCACUGAGAGGGGUUAUUUCAAGGCCACUUGUGGCGAAGUCCGUACAAUCUUGGCUCACGGGAGCACCCUUUUCACUUCUCAUAAAGACUGUAAAGUUCGUAUCUGGAACAUAACCGCCGCCACGGAGAAUUUUCAGGCGAAGAAGAUCACCACUUUGCCCAAAAACAGGUCGAUUUUCAUGUUCCCUAGAACGACUAGCGCUAAACAUAGAGAUUGCAUUUCUUGCAUGGCGUAUAACCAUGCGGAAGGGCUGUUAUACACAGGAUCGUGGGAUCGAACAGUUAGAGUGUGGAGGGUCUCUGACAAUCGAUGCGUCGACACGUUUACGGCCCACGAGGAUAACAUAAACGCCGUGGUGGUGAACCAGGACGACGGAUGUGUCUUCACGUGCUCCUCAGACGGCUCCGUGAAAAUCUGGAGGAGGGUAUACGGGCAGAGCUCGCACACACUGACAAUGACGCUCAAAUUCCAGCCGUCGCCGGUGAACGCAUUGGCCUUAAGCUCAUCAACGAACUCAUGCUUCCUCUACUCGGGUUCUUCGGAUGGAUUCAUCAAUUUCUGGGAGAAGGAAAAAAUGUCUGGAAGAUUCAAUCAUGGAGGGUUCUUACAGGGGCACAGAUUCGCAGUUCUUUGUCUCGUUGCGAUAGAGAAACUGGUGUUCAGCGGAUCAGAGGACACGACGAUCAGGGUGUGGAGAAGAGAGGAAGGGAGCUGUUUCCAUGAGUGCUUGGCGGUGUUGGAUGCUCACAGGGGGCCUGUCAAGUGCUUGGCUGCUUCCCUGGAGAUCGAAAAAGUAGUUGUAAUGGGGUUCUUGGUUUACAGCGCUGGAUUGGAUCAGACAUUUAAGGUGUGGAGGAUUAAGAUUUUGCCGGAAGAGAAGGAGUGCACGCAGGGCGCCAUGGAACCUAUAGAUACAACGGUGAAGAUUACGGAGUAUGAAACCAGCCCUGUGUUGUCUCCUUCAUGGGUGGAGAAGAAGUUGCAAGGUGAUAAUCCUUUUCAUUAACUAAUCAAUUAGUCCCACACCUUUAGUAUAAUUAUAAGGAUUAAUAGGGUUCAAAUUCCGAGCUGGAACCAAUACUAUUUCCAAUUGAAUUUUCUAUUUCAAAUCUUUUAUUUUAUUUAACAUAUAUAUGU